GUUUUAUGGUUUCUGGGGGACUUCUCUCCCUAACAUUGUUGUGGAGACCAGAUGAAGCUGGAUCAACACUUGUAUUUGCUUUUAUAGGAGGCUGGGGAAUUGUUGAUGGCAUCUGGCAGUCUCAGAUCACAGCCUUAGUGAAGACCCAGUUUAUUGAAUAUGGAGAAGCUGUGAAAGUUAAUGCACACGUUCUUCAGGCUUUAGGAUCUGCUAUUGCUUUUGGUUAUGCUCCAUUCGUGUCAUUCUCAACCAAAGCUUAUGUAUCGCUAGCAUUUGUUGCAUGGGCAAUUAUGGGUUACAUUGUCUGGGAAUCAACAACAGUGACAUUCCAAAUGCGUUCUAUGUCAUCCAGUGUUUGAGUUACAUUGAGUGUUGAUAGUGAACCCUAGAGACCAAAAUUGUACAAUUCUGAUACACAAGUAGCAGUUAUUGCUGAUAAUUCUAGGCUUGACUGACUGACUGCAAAUAAAUAGAGAAUACUGAUGAUAAUGAGUUGAUACAUGGUAAAAGAUGAUUAAGUGGUUUGUUUUUGGUUGUUUUUUUCUUGCCUUUAAUUUUUUUCCCCCAUUUAACAACCCAACAAAACAUUUCUUCAAUCUUUUAUAAAGACUGAAUUUAAUAGAAAUGAAUUUUCUUUUUUCUUUUCAUUUUUGCUCUUAUAUAGAACUAGACUGUUUGAAAAAAGAGCAAAAUCUCAUGUCUUUCAUAAUUGUUCAUGAAUGCAAUUAUUUUAGUAUUUAAAUGUGCAUUAGCCCUUUAGCAUUCAUAUAGUAACAGUGUUAAACAAGUUGAUGUAUCCUUAUCAAAACAGGGAGAUUAUGAAACUAGGUAAAACACAUCACCUUCGUGAUUCAUGGAGGAGGAUAGAUAUGACUAGUUUGAAUGCUACUUGGUUAAUUGCAGAUAUAAUUGAUGGUUUACUAUUUAAAUGGGUAUAUCUCAUAACUCCUAGAAGACAGAGUAUGAUAGUCCUAGCAUUGCUGUAAAACGUGGACAUAGCACAGUUCUAUGUGGUUAUAUAAGAAUAUU